CUCCUCUCCCCUCCCACUUCGCCAGCAGCGGCGGCAGCGCAAGCGAGCGAGGCGGGCGCUGACACGCCACGCGGAAACCAGCAGCCAUCUCCGCCCCCCAGAUCGGCGGGGAUCAUCACGCGGCGGCUCAGCUCAGCUCCGGCCUCGCACGCGAGAUCCAAACGGGGACACCCCCCGCACGCCUCCCCAGGCGCGCCACGCCCUCCCCCACUUUAUUACCCCACCCGAGAGCGUGCCUCUGGCCGCGCUCGCCUGCCGCUUGGAAGAAUAGGCGCUUCCCCCUUCGGUUCGGCUCCUUCCUCCCCCUGCCUGCCUUGUCCGGGCUUGCCGAGCGGCGGGUGGGUUGGUUGGUUGGCGUCGGGGAGGAAGAGGAGUCGACGAUGGAGGGGCGGGUGAUGCGCCGCAGCGUCACGCUGGCGGACCAGCUCGCCGCGGUCGGGCCGCCGCCGGCGGUGGGUGUGGCGGGGUCGUGCAACCUCCGCGACCUGCUCAAGCUCCGCGACGGGGACGACCUCGCGGCGGGGCGCCGGGCGGCGGUCACGCUCGCCUCCGCCAUGGCCGCCGAGAGGCAGGCCUCGCUGCCGCCACCCUCGUCGUCGUCCGCCGCCGCAGCCGCGGCCGCGGCGCGCACCCUCCUCGACAUCAUCCGGGACGACCAGCAGCCGCCUCCCGCCGCCGCGUCGGGGGCCGGCGCCGGCGACCCCGCCCUCGUCCGCCGCGCCGUGUCGCUUCCCGCCCCGAGCACGGCGGCCUCCCCGUUCGCGCCCGCCGAGGCCGCCCCUUCUCCUGCUCCGCCUCCGCCUCCGCGGCCGGCGAGCCAGCCGCCCACGCUGGUGGCGGCGCAAGAGGAGGAGGAGCAGGGGGAGAGGGUCUCCCUGAUGGCGCUCCUCGAGCAGACGGACAGGCAGUGGAGCGCCGGCGCGGCCCCGCGCGAGGAGGACUUGGCGGAAGCGGAGGCGCCGGAGCUGGUGGAGGACGACGCCGACGCCGACGCGGAGCCGGAGGCCGCGGGCAAAGGGGUGGUCGCCGGGUGCUGCUGCGUGUGCAUGGCGCGCGCCAAGGGCGCGGCCUUCAUCCCCUGCGGCCACACCUUCUGCCGCCCCUGCGCCCGCGAGCUCCUCGCCGGCCGCAGUCGCUGCCCGCUCUGCAACGCCGCCAUCGUCGACGUCCUCGACAUCUUCUGACCCCGGGGCCCCUCGCCCAACCAUCCCCCCGGGCCCCGGCCGGCGCUGCCGACACCUCGGCCGGCGAAAUGCGCUCGCCGACGGAUCGGCCAACCCCGCGACCGCAACUGAAAUAGGAUCCAGACAUAGAUAGAUCUCUCCUCUCUCAAUCAACUCUCCCCUUCCAUGCCCUGUUCUUGUGCUGCUGCUGCUGCUGCGAUUGUGAAAAGACUAGAACAUGUUCGCGACUUCAAUUAAAGAGCAUCACCUGCUGCAAAAAUUGCGACUAAUCAGCAUUUCCGUCGUGCA